AUGGGAUCCGGGUACACUUUUGGCAUUGCCCUCUUUGCGGCUAUAGGGACAUUUCUCUUCGGGUUCGACACCGGUAUUGCUACGACGACAAUUGCACACAAUAGCUGGAGAAGCUAUAUGAAUAACCCAUCCAAUGGACUGACAGGCGCUGUUGUUGCUGUUUAUAUUGCUGGGGAAGCCGUUGGAGCUCUUACGCAGACCUUCAUCGGGGACAGGCUUGGUCGUAUCCGGUUCAUGCAGUUCAUGUGUGUGAUGGUGACCAUUGGGACUGUCAUCCAGACGGCUUCCAUCAACAUUGGGAUGUUUCUUGCUGGCCGUGCGUUGGCUGGCUAUGCUGUCGGCGGUCUGAUUGGUACUGUUCCAAUAUAUCUCAGUGAAAUAUCAGCACCGCACCAACGGGGGCUCAUCGGUGGUAUAUCCGGUUGUGGUAUCUCCCUUGGAACAAUGAUGUCUAACUGGGUAGGUUUCGCAUGUGGAUAUGCACCUUAUGGCCCCCUGCAAUGGCGUCUCCCUCUCGGUAUCCAGAUACCUUGGGGGAUAAUCAUGUACAUCGGCCUUGCUACCUUCAUGCCAAACUCGCCCCGUCAAUUCAUCCGAAUCGGCAAGGUGGAUGAAGCUCGCGUUGAGUUCCUCAGAACGCGCCGUGACUAUGAUCCGCAUGAUGCCCUAAAAGAAUUUAUGGCAAUGAAGGCACAGAUUGAGUAUGAGAUGAAGAGAGAAGUCACUUCCAUUCGGGAGAUCUUCAGGCUCUUCAAACAUCGUGCUCUUGUAUCUAUUGCCGUUCAGACGAUGACCAGUCUCACUGGUGUUAAUGUUAUACAGUACUAUCAAACGAUUUUGUAUAAAUCUCUAGGAAUUGGUCCCCAGACUAUAUUAGCCCUAGCUGCUGUCUACGGCACGGUUGCGUUCAUCUCAAAUUCUAUCACUACUCUGUUCCUUACUGAUCAAUGGGGCCGUCGAAAAAUGAUUCUCUCCGGCCUAGCUGGCAUUAUAUUGAUAGAGAUAUACGCAGCAGUCAUGCAGCGGGAAUUUCAACACACUGACAACAAAGUUGGAAAGGGGUUUGCCAUUCUUGGAAUAUACCUGUUUGUCGUCAAUUACUAUGGCAUGCUUAACAGUACCACAUGGCUAUAUGGCGCUGAGGUGCUGCCAAUAUCGCUUCGCAGCAAAGUCAUGGGCCUUGCUUCUGCAUCUCACUUCAUAGUCAAUGUUGCCGUCACUGAGGCCGGGCCUAGUGCCUUUGCAAACAUAAAGGAGAACUAUUACUAUGUUUUCGUUACAUGUACUUCCUUCUUCCUAGUUAUUGCAUACUUUUAUUUCCCGGAGACAAAACAGAAGACUCUCGAGCAAAUAGCUGCAUCGUUUGGUGAUAUGGUCGUGGGUGUUUCGGACGGCGGUAUUGUUGCUGAAGGGGACGUUAUUGCAAGGAAUCCGGGUGCUAGGAAUGUAGAGGUGCACUCAGCAGCAUAG